AUGGACCAGCUUGGGAGAUUCAUUCAAUUGGAUGCUAAAGGAAUACUGGAAAAGAUACGAUUGUACUUAAUAAAGAAACACCUGCCACAUUUGGAGGACAGAAGGAAAUAUCAUCAGGAGUUCGCCUCAUCCACUUCCUUUCAUGGAGUGCAUAAUAUUGUCCGAAAGCGGAGCAGGACUCGCAGAGUGCUGUGGCUGCUGGUAGUGGUGGGCUGUCUCACCACUGCUAUUUGGCAAAUCUGCAGUCGCUUCAUCUACUACUUCAGCUGGCCAACCACAACGUCAGUGGUGGUGCAGUACGUGGAAAACGUCAAAUUCCCCGCCGUGACCUUUUGCAACUUGAACAGGUUUCAAGCUCGUGCAGUAAGCAACCUCAAAAUCAUUUUUUUAAUUUGGAACAUCGUGUCUGGAGUUUUCCAGAAAUUUCCUAUGGAAGAAAAACAGUUUCAAGAGCUAAAUGAUUUCCUUCUUGGGAACCAGAACUUCAGCAUCAAAGAGUUUACAAGGAAAAAUGGCUUCUAUCUGAACAGGAGCACAUUGCUGGAAUGUGAAUUUUUUGGAAAGCCAUGUCACCCACAGGAUUUUGAACAUAUUUUCACUGAAUAUGGAAACUGCUUUACUUUUAACCACGAUGAUCUUCCAGCAAGAAGAGUGAGUUUGUCUGGAAGAGGCUUACAUUUACUUUUUGAUGUCCAACAGGAACAAUUCACUGAUGAACCUGCUCUUGGUUUUACUGAUGCUGGUAUAACUUUUGUUAUCCAUUCACCCAAAGAGCUUCCACGCUUUGACGGUUUAGGUUUAUUGACACCGGUCGGCACGCGUGCACAGGUCGCAAUCCAGCAGCUGAAGUCAAUUAUCCAAGAAUACCCAUGGGGAGAGUGCAAGCCUGAUAUAAAGCUUCAGUACCACGAGAUUUACAGUACUAAUGGAUGUUUGCAGGAAUGGUACAUUCAGGACUGGUGUGGCUGUUUGCCUUUCAUUCUUCCAGGAAAUGGAACAGAAUGUGAUUUGCUGAAGUUUUACAAUUGUGUUUAUCCUGCAGUCUAUGAUAUAGAGGUCAAAGGACUAUGUACAGUAGGAACCCACAACUCCACUUGCCCUGCCCCAUGUGAAGAAACUGAUUAUCCUACCACUGUCACCUAUUCAAGUUUUGUAGGAGAAAAAGCCAUUAAAUACCUCUCAGCAAAACUGAAGAAAAGCCCAGACUAUAUAAGGCAGAACCUUGUGCGUAUUGACAUUAAAUAUCAUGAUCUGAGCUACAAAAUUACACAGCAGCAGAAGGCCAUGACUAUAUCCGAGUUGCUUGCUGAAGUAGGAGGCCAGCUUGGACUGUUCUGUGGUGCCAGUUUGAUUACAAUCAUAGAGCUGCUCGAGUAUAUUUUUACCAACUUCUGCUGGAUGUGCACCUUCCUGCUAUUGAAAGCUCCCGAAAUGCCUCAGUGGAACAACCCAUCCCAGAACCAACCAACGCACAAGGAAAAAAAAAUGGGAAUUCAAGAAUGUUAG